CAAUUGUGGGACGCUGAACGGUCUGCUCGCACGCUGAGAGACCGCUUUGCGUUCCAUAGGGUUCCCAGCCUGCUUCUCACGGUCUGAACAUCACUGGUCGCUGGCGGCGACGACGACUAAGCGACGAAUAAUCAGGAGCGCUUUCAUCUGCCACAGAUGGGAUACCUCCCGGAAUGACUCUUGACAAACACUCUGAACAUGCACCCUUUUCCCCUCCGCCUUCACAACCUUCUCCCUUAGCCACGUCGGCCGGACGAUCCUGGAACAUGGACGAAGCAACGCGUAAUAAGCUCCUCAAGAACUACAAAACCCAGGUGGCCUCGGCGACUUCGACUAUUUGCGCCACCCUUGCUGUGACUCCUCUGGAGAAUGUCAAGACUCGCAUGCAGACCCAUAAUUUCCGCAAUGUGGCUCAGUGCGUUCGCUAUUUGUGGCGUACUGAAGGACCCCGCGGUUAUGUUGCUGGAGCCUUGCCCCCUCUAGCCAGCGUCACAGCGGUCCGGGUGGUCAACUUUUCGACUUACAGCGUGGCCAAACACUGGAUCUCCAAUUUCGUCGAAAAAAUGACGGGCGAAUCGCCGCUGGCAGUCUACAACCAGCCCGGCAGCAGUCCCACCGUGUCGACUCUGGCCACCUUUACCGCCGCCGGUCUCUUUGCUGGCUUGGUCACCUCGCCGCUCGCUUGUCCUUUCGAGCUGGCCAAGAAUGUGGUUCAGACCUCGGUGCUGGUGUCCAACCGCGCCCAGGCGUCUCCCAAUGCUGUCAAUGACCCUUCACUGCGCAACAAGCCUCGCUUGAACACCGCCGAAGCGAUCAAGCAGAUCGUGCAGCGAUACGGCUUCCGCGGCUUGUACACGGGCUUCCACCUUCACGCCAUGCGCGACACCCUCGGAUCGGGCUUGUACUUUACCGUGUACGAGACCGUCAAGCAAGUGGCUGCGAAGGAACUCGGACCGGACAAGUCACCUUUCGGAGCGCCUAUGAUCGCCGGUGCAAUCUGCAGCACGGUUCCCUGGUUCUGCACUUACCCCCUCGAUACUCGCAAGACCCGCGCGCAGAGCGUGCUAUUGGGCAAGACCAAGGAAGUCGGCGAGGCGGCGACCGCGGUGGCCAAAUCCAGCAUGUACAAGGGCCUGUCGAUCAUUCUGAUCCGCACUGGAGUGAACAACAUGAUUCUCUUGAGUAUGUUCGAAUACAUCAAGAUGCGCAUUGAUGAGCUGGAAUAGUGCCUGGACAUAGUUGACUUGGCGGAGAUUGGGAGUACAUGAUAGCUCAUGGGAUAGUACAUAGUGCGUGAGUUAGUCUCGAAUAAGAAUACUAUGUGCAUAAGGAUA